AUGCAGAAAUUUAUUGAAGCGGAUUACUAUGAACUAGACUGGUAUUAUGAAGACUGCACGGAUGUUUUAUGUGCUGAAAGAGUGGGCCAGAUGACUAAAACAUACAAUGACAUAGAUGCUGUUACACGACUUCUAGAAGAGAAAGAGCGGGAUUUAGAAUUAGCUGCUCGAAUUGGCCAGUCAUUGUUAAAGAAGAAUAAAUCACUAACCGAGAGAAAUGAAUUCCUUGAGGAGCAAGUAGAGCAUAUCAGGGAAGAGGUUUCUCAGUUGCGCCAUGAACUGUCCAUGAAGGAUGAGCUGCUUCAGUUUUAUACCAGUGCUGCUGAAGAAAGUGAGCCAGAGUCCAUCUGCUCAACACCGUUGAAGAGGAAUGAGUCUUCCUCCUCCAUCCAGAACUAUUUUCACUUGGAUUCUCUUCAAAAGAAACUUAAGGACCUUGAAGAGGAGAAUGUUGUGCUUAGAUCAGAGGCCUGUCAGCUGAAGACUGAAACAAUUACUUACGAAGAGAAAGAACAGCAGCUUGUAAAUGACUGUGUGAAAGAGCUGAGGGAUGCAAACAUCCAGAUUUCCAGUAUCUCGGAGGAGUUAGCAAAGAAAACUGAAGAUGCUGCCCGGCAACAGGAAGAGAUCACCCAUCUUCUUUCUCAGAUAGUUGAUCUACAGAAAAAGGCAAAAUCUUGUGCAGUCGAAAAUGAAGAACUUGUCCAGCAUUUGGGAGCAGCUAAAGAUGCCCAGCGUCAGCUCACGGCAGAAUUGCGGGAGCUGGAAGACAAGUAUGCAGAGUGCAUGGAAAUGCUUCAUGAGGCGCAGGAGGAGCUGAAGAACCUUCGGAACAAGACGAUGCCAAAUGCCAUAUCACGUCGCUACCACUCGCUAGGCCUCUUCCCCAUGGACUCUUUGGCAGCAGAGAUAGAAGGAUCAAUGCGAAAAGAACUGCAGCUGGAUGAACCAGACUCUCCUGACGUAACUCACCAGAAGCGGGUCUUUGAGACUGUGAGAAACAUAAACCAGGUUGUCAAGCAGAGAUCCCUGACUCCAUCUCCAAUGAAUAUCCCAGGAUCUAACCAGUCUUCUGCAAUGAACUCAGUAAUUUCUAGCUGUACCAGCACUCCACGUUCCAGUUUCUAUGGGGGAGACAUCUCCAACAAUGUGAUAGACAACAAGACCAAUAGCAUCAUUCUAGAAACAGAAUCCUCUGACAUUGGAAAUGAAGACAAGAAUAAGAAGCCUGGAACUCCAGGGACACCUGGUUCUAGUGACUUGGAGACAGCUCUUCGAAGGCUGUCCCUUCGGCGAGAGAAUUACCUCUCAGAGCGGAGGUUUUUUGAAGAAGAGCAGGAGAGGAAGUUGCGGGAACUGGCGGAGAAGGGUGAACUCCAUAGUGGUUCCAUUACACCAACAGAGAGCAUCAUGUCAUUGGGAACUCACUCCAGGUUUUCAGAAUUCACUGGAUAUUCAGGAAUGUCCAUCAGCAGUCGCUCCUACCUGCCAGAGAAGCUUCAGAUUGUGAAGCCCCUUGAAGGUUCAGCCACUCUGCAUCAUUGGCAGCAGCUAGCUCAGCCCCACCUGGGGGGAAUCUUAGACCCAAGGCCUGGGGUUGUCACUAAGGGCUUCAGAACUCUGGAUCUCGACCUGGAUGAAGUGUAUUGCCUUAAUGAUUAUGAAGAAGAUGAGACAGGUGACAUUUCUUACAAGGGCCUAACUACCUCGACGCCAAUUCAGCACACAGAGACCUCAGUACAUCAUCCUGGGAAGUGCAUGUCACAAACCAACUCCACCUUCACCUUCACCACCUGCCGCAUUCUGCACCCUUCUGAUGAGCUCACACGAGUCACUCCAAGCCUUAAUGCAGCACCUACUCCAGCUUGUGGCAGCCUUGGCAAUUUGAAAGGCACCCCGGUCGCUACCCCAUGCACUCCUCGGCGUCUAAGCUUGGCAGAAUCCUUCACUAACCUUCGGGAAUCCACAACUACGAUGAGCACAUCCUUGGGCCUGGUGUGGCUGCUUAAAGAACGAGGGAUCUCAGCAGCAGUGUACAAUCCACACAGCUGGGACAGGGCCAGCAAGGGCACCAUCCUGAACCCGUAUGCUCCUAAAAUGGCGAUCAUUCCUUCCACUCCUCCCAACUCACCUAUGCAGACUCCCUCUUCUUCCCCACCUGCUUUUGAGUUCAAGUGCACCAGCCCUCCUUAUGACAACUUCCUUGCUUCCAAACCUGCCAGUUCCAUUUUGAAGGAGGUGAGAGAGAAAAAGAACAUCAGGAACAGUGAGAGUCAGACCGACGUGUCUGUCUCCAACCUUAACCUUGUGGACAAAGUAAAGCGGUUCGGGAUUGCCAAAGUAGUUAGCUCGGGGCAAACGCAAGCGCCUCCCUUAACUGAUGACGAGGGACCUCUUCUCUGUGGGGCACAAGGACCAGUAAGGGCCUUUGUUCCCCGAGGCUUGGCCCCAGAAGGCCUUCAGUUGGGCUGCCCUUCUGCAACAAGUGCCAUUGGUGGUAUUCAGCUGAACACUGGCAUUCGAAGGAAUCGGAGCUUCCCAACCAUGGUGGGUUCCAGCAUGCAGAUGAAGGGCCCUGCAACUCUCACUUCUGGCAUCCUAAUGGGAGCCAAGCUCCCUAAGCAAACUAGCUUACGAUGA